AGCAGAGCGUUUUGCGGCUCUGCCAGUGGCAAUACGGCAUCCUAACUGCGUCUUCGUUCCACCGCUGACCAGCGCUUCGGACGAUAGAUGCGACCUGAGGAAGACAAACGACGAGGCCAGGACUAGUCGUGUUGGCAACAAACAUACAAAGGCCACGGAUCGUCAAGAAAAGAAUGUCCAUCUCCAUACGUCUGAUGAAGAACCAGCAGAUGCGAAAGAGCACACCUUCACCUCAGAAGCACAGCCACAGUCUGUACUGCUCUCGAAAGAAGAUUCUUUCACAACUGGAGCCAGGGUCUCCCUGCUCAGUACCCGCGCGCCGUCUGAGGACGCCUCACCUGACGGCUGUGGUGAAUCUGAGGAUGCGCACGCUGAGCAACAGCAAUGGCGGAGGAUAGACCAGACCCUGUGUCACAGCCUGGAGAAGGAAGAUUUUUCUGAUACUAGUCGUAAAAACACCGGUCAUGAUGAUAACUGUGGUUUACCACGUAACUUGAACUUAGUACUAGAAGAAGAUGCAGCUAAUUGUAAACAGGGAUUGCCCGAAGACGUGACGUCGCUCGUUCUGUGCGCCUAUUCGAUUGAGUUCCACGAUGAUGCUCAAAAGGCAAUUCGCGAAAAUGUAGAGCCCAUGCUGCAGCUCUUGGAAGAGGCCGUCGUGCUUGAGAGACGUAGUCCUGGACAGCUACGGAGUGUAGUGGUAGUUUCAACGGCGUACGUCCUGCCCUAUCGAGAACCUGCGUCUUCGAGACACGCUAGUACAACGGUUGAACAAAAUGAAAAUGAUAAACCACACAGAGAAGAAGUACAGGCUUCCUCUACACCUGCUUCAACUUUUAGUGGUGCAGCUCGUCCUUCCUCGUGCGCCCUGGCGGAUGAAAGAAAACAAGAUGCGCUCGUAGCAGACGAGGACGGUGGCCGCGGUAUCUCACCAACAAAAACACGACCACGACGAACAGGCGACUGUAGUAUAAACUCACAGCCUAAAAAAAGUACAUUUACAGCGGACCACCAGUCGCAGCCAUCCACGCAACGAGUGUCGAAUCUUGUGUCUGUCGGUGGUGCAGCGUCGUCGUCGUCUUCAUCCUCCUCCUCGUGCAGCAGGGGCAAUGUGCGUAGUCCUGACAUCACUAGAGGGUCAACAUUUCUGAUACCUCCCUUACCGACAGCGUGCGGCUCCAAGGGCGUGGAUAACCCAUUUCUGAUACCUCCCUUACCGACAGCGCGCGGCUCCAAGGGCGUGGAUAUGCUAUGGCUGUACGAAGAGGUUCUACAUGGCAGGCUUACCCUAGCUACGGUCAGAAAGCACCGGUGGCUCCAUCCCCAGAGUACUGAGAAUGCGUAUAUCUUCUCAAAAACGCUAGCCGAGCACAUCAUAGUCGACCGCUUUGCCAAAGACUUGCCACUUACUUUCCUGCGACCCUCGAUAAUAAGCUGUUCUGUGGACGGAGAGAUGGGGUCUCGCGCUGCACCCUUCUGUGGCUUAAAUUACGGCUUGGAUCUCAAAUUCAUCUUCUUCAUCGAAGCAUCUUGGGAAGAACGUUUUCAGGGGUAAAAAAGGUCAGAAAAGAUGCGGUUCAAGAUGAAUAGAGGGACGGGCUAAUUGAAGCUCUUAGCGCAUGCGGGACUGCUCCCGCGGUUCUGGGGUGGACGCGGGACGCUAGAUACCGUUCAUGUAGAUGAGGUGGCUCGUCGGGUGGCCGAGCUGACGGAAAGUGUUCCUCCCGAAAAACGUAAGACCACAGGCACGGCAGAUAUCACAAGGGAACAGAGCAGAAGUGGAGGACAGAAGGUACUACUGAUCGAUGUUUCUUUUUUCGUCCAUGUACGGAUUCCAAGAGCAAAUUAUAGUAUUUGCAUAAUGUGGAUAAUCAGGAGUUCACCAAAUCCAAACAAGAAUUUAGGGACACCCGAGAAUGUAUUUUGCAACAAGUGGCUCUGGUAUUACGCCUCGCGAACUGAGGGAGAUCUUACAGCCACGAAACCGCGUUUGGGUAUUAGACUCAUCUAGUACUAGUUCAACAUCUGCUACAACCAGUAGAAGUAGUAGCUGUUCUCAGAAGAAGAAGACGCACGAGACCGUGGUGACUGGAAAAGCAGAUACGGAGCGGGCUUCUUUUGAUCAAGCGUGUGAGCAAAAACAUUUGAAAAAAAAUUUCUUGGCGGGUUUCAUAUCAUCAUGGCAUCCAGCGCCUUGGGCGAGCGCUACAAUUACAACGAUGCUAUCGCAGAUAAGCGGUAAAAAUGCGACAAAAACAAGCAGCCACAAUUUCUUCUUUUCCACCAAGAACAUGUGUCUUCAGCAACUUGUAUCUUGCGCAUCAUCAUGGUUUUCCGUUUUGUGGUUGCUGCGUGCUGUGGAGUGCUUUGUCUGUUGGUGUUUUUACGGAUCGAAAUAUGCUACAAAGCUGCAUCAGACGUACCGAAACUACGACUCGUUCACGCUUCGGGACUUUGAUUUUCCGCACACACUGCCUGUCGAAAAAAGGCAACUGCAAAAAUCCCUUGACGUAUUUGCAAACCGAUUUUUCAAGGAGAGAGAAAAUAAGCAGAAGAGCACAAGAAUGAAACAAGAGGAUACAACCGAUGAGGAGAGAAUGAAAGAAUGAUUUGGUAUCUGGGUAUCACUAUGAGUAUGAAAACGUUGACGUACUAGCCUUGACGCUAUAAGCUAGUGCCUCCCUUAUUUCAGUCAGUAACUCGGUUAGAUGUGGUCCCUUACUACGUCCUUCGGGGACCUCUGACUUCUUCACUUCAGAGAAUGAAAGAAUGAUCUGGUAUCUGGGUAUCACUAUGAAAACGUUGAUGUAGCUCAAACUCGUCUAGAUGAUGUAAAUUAGCGUUAUUGAACAGAACCAACAGUCCGACCACAGUUGUUAGAAAGGAUCUAGAAGCUUGAUAUUUAAUUAACUCCUUAUCUUGGAGUUCGAUGGUGAAAUUUUGCUAGUCGCGUGAAGACGGACGAUCGGACCGCCGACGGGGAACAAGGACUUGACAACGAAAGUUUAAGUAUAAGCAUGAUAUGUACUCGAUUAGACUAUUACUUGACAGGUUCGUUUUUACUGGCACUUUUACACACACUGAUAAGCAAGCACAAUGAUCAUGAUCUGUUAUUUCCUAGUACUAUUACCUCUCAUGAUGUUUGCUCAUUUUGAAGAACUGACUGUUUGCAGAGGAAGAUUGUCAUGACCUAUUUGGUUUUUUGCUAAAUCCUAUCGUGGGCGACGACCAGAAU